CACAUAAUCUGCAAUCCAGUUCGAACCCCAUUCUGGUCGGCAUCAGUACGCUCAAGGCAUCGUCGGGCCUGGCUCGUCAACAUGGCCCUCAAUGGCCACCGAACGAGUGAUGCCAUCGACACCAACUAUCCCUCCUCCACGACGGCUCCUCCGCGAUCGUUCUCGAUCGAGGGAUUUGUUAUCACAACCCAGAAACUACCAAUCUUGAAGGCCGGUCCAAUUGAAGAGAUGACAAGCAAGCUGGGAAUCGCUCCUCCUGAGAUGAUCUUCGGGGACAACUUCGUGGCGAUUGAGCAUCCACAGUCACAUUGGGGCAUCAAGUUUGACGCAUUCGGGGCUUUGGACCGGGUCGACAAGACGGGAGAACAGAGGCUCAAAGUGGCAUAUUCCAAGGAAUGGCAGCAGAGCAGAGAAGACUCGCACGACAUCAAGGAAGUGGUCAAACCAUUUGACUGGUCUUACACGACUGACUACAAGGGUGAUCACCCUCCCGAAAGCCCUCGAUUUCAGGAAGGUGCCGAACCAAUUCCGUUGGAAUUGCUGAAGAGGCCAGAUCCAAUAUUGUUCUUCGACGAUGUGAUACUUUAUGAGGAUGAGCUUGCCGACAACGGCAUUACAAUGCUCUCUUGCAAGAUUCGUGUCAUGCCCGCCCGAUUGCUCCUGCUUUGUCGGUUCUUCAUGAGGCUCGAUAAUGUCAUGCUCAGACUGCGGGAUACGAGGGUUUAUGUCGACUUUGGAAAGAAGGAGGUUAUCAGGGAGUACAUCGCCAGAGAAGAAUCAUACGAUAAAGUCCGUGACGCGCUAGCAUCGAGGAGAGACGACGUUGCAGCUGUGCUUCGGGACGCAAACCAGAUGCCAGAUCUCCUGCCAAUUGUUGAGAGAACUCUUGAGAGGGUCGACCUGGGGAAGUGAAGCAUAUUCUCCACACCGCCGUACUGGGCACUGUUCCAUCACUUUCAAUCAGCAUCAUCCUUGCGCGGUGAAGAGAACUAUUGUGCAUUCAGCCGGGUUCGGCCCAUACGAUGGCGGCGAUGGAUGCUGGCUCCUGCUGCGAGGGUCAGGUCACCAGAUCCGGGCCCUCUCCAACACUGCAAACAAGCAGAAACCACAACGGCCUAAAUAAGGAUAUGUGAUGCCACCAGCAAGGCUCGCCUCUAAACUGACCUCCAGCGUGGUCAAUGGCUGGUGUGAAGAUCCAAGAGGCGGUCUACGUGCAUCUCGUUCGGGCUAUAUCAAGUUCUGCGCAGCAUAACGAUGGCGGAGUGUUCGGCAACAGAUACGCCGGGAAGGGUUCUUGUUUGAGAAUGGAGCGCUUCUUGUUGAAGGCAAGGGUCAAGUCCAGUGACUCGGUCUGCAAAUGAAAGCCGGAAUUUCCGGACAGAUUCUGGCGGAUGAUCCGUUACUACUGCAGGAAUCUGUUCGAUAUGUAGUUGUGGAUGCCACUGUGAGCUUGAGGUCAACAUUGCUGCCUGCUCGCAUUUCAUAAUUCAAACUUGCACAUGAGAUGCUAACGGCGUCUUCGAAUGCAUCUGAGCAUGUGAUGGCGCCGGGGAAGUGGUCAAGAUGGUCAAGAUGGUCAAGAAUCCAAUCUCCGACGCGUUCCAAAAGCGGAAUAAUGUGGACAUUAG